GCGCUCGCGAGUACAAUUAUGUGCUCGACUGGAAGCGCAAUCCUCAUUCUUGCUCCAGAAUUUCAGAAUCUGUGAGUGCAAUCGCUACCAUCCAUUCUCCUUGAAUCCCGAACAACAGAGAUUUUUUCCAGGGUUCCUGUGACUUCGUAUUCGAAUUUCUACUACUGCGAAUCAAAAACGAACGGUCUGCUGCGUGACUUGCAGGUGCAUGUGUGCAGAAAUGGUGUGAGAGGCGAAGCGUAUCCUCGCCACGAGUGGUACUGUCACGUACGAACUCCAGCUCUUGGUUUUAGACGUCCCGUUUCGCUGAAAGGCUCGGCUUGACGAGUACUUUGGAGAGCGAUACCACGGUGGAUCAUUAUCGCUACAGAGAUCAGGUAGUUUUUGCUCAGUCGAACGUUGUCUUCAUGCUCUUGCUACCCGAGAUCGCAAAAAUUCUCGGGUUGAACACUGCGGCGAGGCAGAAACAAAUCCAUCGGCAGCUUAGUGAUUUCAUUACGACUGUUAUUUCGGACGGAAAGUCGAACAUCGAUCCGUUCUUCGAGUUUGACCGGGCGGUUGCGAAGCUUAGGAAUAAGGAG